AUGUCCACCUUGAAGUUCGAAAAGCUUUUGGCAGGUCCCUCAGUUGACCUUUUUGAGAAAGACUUUCCACACAACAAUGUUUGGCAUGUCGAGACACUUUCAAAAGAGCCAACGCUCGAUAUGUCAUCAGACUUUCGCUUGACUAGAACUGAAGAACUAACGGGACUAGUCACGCUUAAAAAUGUUUUCCAAAAUUUCGCAACUGAACUCAGCUUAAACUCCACAGGAGUUCACCAUCUGGACGUUACAACCAAGUUGCCCUUUUUACCUGACGCCACCGUCGGCUCGAAAUAUUUGUACGACACCGACAAAAACCAUCAUCACUUUUUGCUGUCGUCACAGGUGGAAAAUAAGUUCAUGUGGAGCAGACUAGAGCUAAAGCCGCUGGACUUCGAAUAUAAUUUCUUUUCACUGUUCAGAUUGGGCUCCAUGCAUAGGUGCCUGUUGGGAGCUGAAGUUUCGGGCCACAAACUCGGCAAGUUAAAUGUUACUCUGGGUUCCGCAUACAAAAGGGAAUUUGGAAAUAAUAACUUUUUGUUGGCAAUGAGAUUGUUUGGAAAUAAGGACGACUAUCUUAACCGCCUUGUUGGUAAUGUGCACAUGUCUAAAAACGAAGAAGUGAAGCCUGCUGUUUUGGGUGUAACAUUAGAACACCUUUUGAAAGAAAAAAAGACCAAAUUAACCUUUGGAGCCCACUGGCACUUGACCACCUUGGACGACCCCCACGCCUCGUUUGUCAAAGCCAAAGUCGACAAUGAAGCCAGAGUCGCACUUUCAUUCUGCCAGAAAUUCAACUCACUAGUCACAUUCCUUUUCGGAUUCGACUUUAACGGAAAGAGCCCAUUACAUGAACCAGAUGUUAAUUAUGGACUCAAAUUAACACUCAAAACAUAA